CAUCCCUCAUCCCUUCUCUUGUUAUGGUUGGUUGUGGGAGGAGCUCGCAGGUAUCAUGUGAUUCCAGCAGCCUGUCAUACGGGUACUCAGUUGUCCUGCGCUCCUCUGCUCUUGAACGCACCACGCUUCUUCCUCCUCUGCAGAAAACACCGAGAGGACCAGUUCAUAGCAGCAGAUGCAUCAUUUACUGACUGUUGUUUUCGACUGAAGAAAACAGAGCACUGUCCCGGGCACUGAAACGGUGGAGAUGAUGGAGACAGACAGAAAGAAGAACAUGUCAGCUUGCUGCGCAGCGAAGUGAAGCUUUGAAUAUCUUCGAAUAUUACUCACCGAAGCUUCGAAGAAUGAAUCGGUCCCAGGAACCAGGUGAGGAGCAGGAGCAGGUGAUUGCGAUGGUAUGUCAGGAGGCUGACCUGAAAGAUGGACAGAUGAAGGAAGUGACUGUGGGGGAGCAGAAGGUGUUGCUGGUGCGUACUCGGGGUCAGUACAGUGCUGUUGGAAGCCGGUGCACUCAUUACAAUGCUCCUCUAGCCAAAGGAGCACUGGUUGGUGACAGAGUGAGAUGUCCCUUUCAUGGUGCCUGUUUUAAUGUGAGAACUGGAGACAUCGAAGAGUAUCCUGGUCUGGACAGUCUGCCUAGUUAUAAGGUAAAAGUUGAGGAUGGAAAGGUGUAUGUUUCCAUCAACAAAAAUACUCUGAAGGUGACAAGACGGGUGAAGGAGAUGUGCAGCAUGGCGCCAGACGUCAAACACACUAUUCUGCUGAUAGGGGGAGGCCCUGCCGCGCUGGUUUGUGCUGAAACACUGCGGCAGAACGACUACCAAGGUCGAAUCAUCAUGGUGACCAAAGACAGCCUGCCUCCAUUUGACAAGCCCAAACUGAGCAAGUCUCUGAAUGCGGAGAUCAGCAGCAUCCUCCUCCGACCAAGUGACUUCUAUCAGCAGUACGGGGUCGAGGUCUGGACACAGAAGGAGGUGGUGUCGGUGAACCCGGCUGAUAAGGCGGUGAAGUUGAGUGACGGCUCUUUGCAGCGUUACGACCAGCUUCUCAUCUCAACCGGCUGUAGAGCGCGGCCGCUGAAUUGUCCUGGUUGGGACCUGAAGGGAGUGAAGUUGCUGCAGAGAUAUGAAGACGCCAAAGAGAUUCAUGAAUCCUGUCUGGGCCAGAAAGCUGUUGUGAUCGGAGCCUCCUUCAUAGGUAUGGAGGUGGCGUCCUACUUGUCAGGCAAAGCUGCCAGUGUGGCCAUGGUCGGCACCUCCAGACACCCGUAUGAGCAGUCACUGGGGCCAGAGAUCGGCAAAAUGAGUAUGCAGAUGUUGGAGGAAAAACAUGUAAAGUUCUACAUGAAUGAUGGAGUCACUGAGAUCCAAGGGGAGAACGGCAAGGUGAAGGGGGUGAUGCUGAAGAGUGGUGUAUUCCUGGAGGCCGAUGUGGUGAUUGCCGGAAUUGGUGUAAUCCCCAAUUCAGACUUUUUGGCAGGAAGCGAGGUGGAAGUGGAUUCAAGGAAAGCUGUGAUUGUUGACAAGUUCAUGAGAACCAAUAUACCAGAUAUUUUUAGCGCUGGAGAUGUCACCUCUUUCCCUCUGACCAUUCGUGGAGACCAAAGGGUCAACGUUGGUCACUGGCAAAUGUCACAAGCUCAAGGAAGAGUAGCUGCGCUAAACAUGCUGAAGAAACCAACCAAAUGUGAGUCUGUUCCUUUCUUCUGGACUGUGUUACUUGGGAAGAGUAUCCGAUACACAGGCUAUGGAGAAGGAUACACAGAGGUCAUAUUCAAAGGCAAAGUGGAAGAAAGGAAGUUCCUGGCGUUUUACAUCAAAGACGAGGUGGUGGUAGCAGCGGCCAGCCUGAUGUUCGACCCCGCUGUGGCUCGUCUCGCAGAACUGAUGGCUACGGGGCAGAUCUUAACAAAGGCACAGGCUCAGGCUGAUGACCUGAGCUGGCUGCAGAUGUAACCAGAGGCCUGCUGCAUAUAUAACACCUCUCAGUGACGAAGGAUGUCGCCUUUCUCUCUUUUGUUCAACUCUCCAUCACCUGUACUCAUUCAAGUUUUAACUACAGCCGUACUCAAAGUGGGUCGUCUAAAUCAGUCAUUCCCAAAGACUGGGCCGGGACCUGCAGGUGGAUCGCAGGAGAUUUUAUUAGGGUCGCCAAAUACAUUUUCAGAUUUUCUUCUGUAGUCUUUUAUUUAAGAUGUAUGAAUGUUCGUAUUGUUCUGAUAAUUGUAGCCUACUUGAAUCUAAUAUGAAAGCCAGCGUACAUUGUUUGUUUUACUGAUGAGGAAAAACACGAGAGCCUGUUAGCUCCGCUUAAAUGCAUUUAUUUGGUCUCAUUUAUAUUAUUAUAUUAUUUAUAAGUAUAUAAUAUUUGUAUAUGUUUUCAAUACCACAUGCAUAAAAAAGUUUCAAGAUAAUAUAACGCUCGUUUACGCACAA